AAACUCUACUGCCGUACAGUCUAUGCAACGCCUGAAGAGCACGGCGCUGCCCGGAGAAGGAUGCGUGUAAGGUGUAACUAUCGCCUACUGCAGCUCAGGUUGUUUCUGAUAGUCUUCUCUUCUGCCGUCCAUCCGGCCUGCGCGCUCGCUCUCCUGCUCUUCUGCGCCAACUGGGCGACCGCCGACGCCAACGCCGACGACCUACGCCAGGUGCUGGGAUUUUUGUCGGUUCCUUCGGCAGCUUUCGUCGCGUCCUUCGCCGGCGACGAGCACUCACCAGUCUGCACAAAUUAUUGGGUGUACACCCAUAGGUCCGCUCCUGAAGAAGACUGGGAUAUUUUGCAUACACAGAGGAUCAUCUGUAAGUUAAAUCUUCUGAAAUCUGGAUCCAACAUUUGUACCAUACUGGUGAAUAUCCUUGCUUUACUUUUGAGUCAUGUUUGAAUUAACCUUUCUUUCCCCACCAUGCAAUAGUUCCGUUUGAUGAACUCACGGGAAUGGUGAUGCUCAUUUUCUAAAGGACCGGUCCCCUUUUUGUUUAAUUUCCAAAGGUACCAUGAUUACUAAAUAAUGAUUUAUUAGAAAUUAAUGACUGAUGGGGUCAAGAUGUGUGAAACUGUUAAGAGCUUGAGAUCUGCUGAUUGACCACACCCAAAAGGGAAAAUGAAGGUGGUCUUUUGAAGAUUUGAUUUACUUUGUAAAAGGGCAUAAUUUUGUGAUAACUGGGAAUCAUUCCUCAACAAUACUGAUAAAACUUCAAGUUUUUCCUUGAUGUUGAACUGCUACCUCCAUGCCUCCAUUGUGCCACAGUGGAUAUCCAUUUGGUGCUCUGUCCCUAUCAUCUAGUUGUGGUGAUGGGGUUCAGGCAUUCCCUAGUCGAACCCCCUCGCUCACCCACCCACCCUGGUUGGAAGACUCCGUUGUGAUUAUCCAUAACUUUUGGUUGACCUUACAUCUCUAAUUAUCGUAUUUCAUGGAAUGUGUAUGCUAUUCGUACUGGGACAUAUAUAUAAAGCAGUGAGCCAGUGACCACUGUUCCAUGCUCUACUGAAGUGCCCUUCUAUGUUUUCCCAUGUUUAUCAUUUUUCUGCAAUCAAUUAGUGUAUUACAGUGAAAGUGAAGUACUAAAAUUAGGAGUAUUGGUACCACUUCUUUCUGUGCUCAUGAAUUAGUUUAUUUUGGCAAUUUAAUGAGGCUUGUCUCAUGUCUGAUUACUUCUUCUGUUUCUUUCCCUGGAAUCUUGCCUCUUCCAGGUGUAGAGGACAUUCAGUUUUCUCCAGUUCUCCAGUUCCUGGAUAGCAAUGGCAAAUGAGUUUCCUGAUGAAGUUCUUAAGUCUGUUUUCCCAUUGCUGGAUGGUAAAGAUCUAGUAUUCUGCAUGCUUGUAUGCCGUCAAUGGCAUGAAAUCGCAAGGGAUGAUUACUUCUGGAAAUGCAUUUGCUCACGGAAGUGGCCGUCCAUUUGCAAACAGCCCCCUUCUGGCGCAAACUACAAAAAGCUUUACUUAACCUUCUCUAAGCCACGGGAGAUGCAGAACCUCCCUGUGCCAAGGCUUACAUUCGAGGAUAUUGUUUUCUACAUUGAUAUGUGGCUCGAAGGAUCGCUCAUCUUUUCUCAAGCAGUUUCAGGCCGCACUCUCCGAGCAGGCCUACAGGGCGCUCCCCCUCCUGGCAUUCCAGAUAUACUUGCAGCACAUUUGAGUUCCCAAGACUGCAUCUUGAUGCUGGAAGUAGAGCCCAAGUUGGCAGUUCCCAUGGGGCCAGCCAUCACUGUAUCUGUCCUUGCCAACCGCAAGGAUUCAAACAAGAUGGCUUGCAUCAUAAACAAGUCAACGUUUGAUUACAUCGAUAGUAAUGCAGCGCGGGCUCUGGCUUAUGAGUAUCUUAGGUUUUCGCCCAGACACCCUUUCACAUCCGACAUCCGGGCAUGGAUGUCGUUACUUUUCCUGUGCAAAGGGGCGAACACCAUUGAGGUGUUUGGUAUCGAGCUAGAUUUCUGUGACGCCGCGAAGUCAGAGAAAGAAAUCUUGUGGCUCCUAGACAUGCUUGAUUGGAAAUAGAAGCUCCUUAUCCCCUUUGGGGUUUGACACAUGUAAAGCCUGUUCAUGGUUAGUCGUUCCUUUCCUGUUGGACCAUGUACGCUACUACUCCCUCCGUUUCUUUUUAGUUGUCGCUGGAUAGUUCAAUUUUGCACUAUUCAGCGACAACUAAAAUGAAACGGAGGGAGUACUGAACUACAUAAUCUCCUGAGAAAAUGUAAUAAAUGUCACCUGCUACUCCAUGUGCUAACAAGGCGAGGUUAUUUUGUACUUCUUUUUCCCUUGAAA